AGCAUAGCUAGGCUAGUGGUAAAUGUGGCAGCUCAGUGACAACAACACCAUCAAUUGACAGCAUGUAUCUUAUUGUGGUAAACCUUCAUUGCCCUGAAAGUAUUAAAAAUAAAUAGAUAAAUAAAAAUAACAUAGCUACCUCUGGUAAGGAUUUCAUGACUUGUCUCUAGCAUCUUCACCCCUUUCUCACCAAUCAAUGCUUGUGGCAGAACUGCAGUAGAUAUUUUACCUCCUCCACCUAAAGCCUCUCCCACAAAAGACCAGGUAAUAAUAAUGAUAACAUAAUUUUUAUAGACCACAAGAUACUUCUCUAUCAUGACAAAUACCCACACAUCCCCUUCCUGUUCAUAAAGCAUAAAGGAACCAAUUAAUAACUUUGUCAAAGGUAAAAUGAUAAGAAAACUACAAUUAUUUACUCUGCUCCUGGUUACAAUAUUACACCUCCUUUGGUUACAUAUCAAUACCUAUAAAAAUGAUAAGCUGAUCCCUUCCAAGUCAUAAAUGUCAUUUUUUGUUGUACUGGACAUCUCCUAACUUGGUGACAAGUCAUCAUAAAUUUCUGAAUUUGAUGAGUAGAUAAUUUCAGUUGGCAAGUCCUUGACUGUUUGAUAUCUGUAAUGCCUACUUAUGUGUGAUUUACAUGUGGUUGUUUUUGAGAAAAUUUUGGAGCACUGAUUAAAUGAGCACUGAAUCCUGGUGCCAUCACUGAUGUGCUUUCUCAAAUGCCUUAAUAAGUCCUUCAUUCCAUCACAAACUUGUUGGCACAACAGUUUUACACUGUAAUUUCAAAUGGAGACUUAAAAUCAAGAAUUUUUCAUCACUUUUUGACCUACGUUCUUGGUGGUCUCGGUACAUAUGAGCCUUUAGCCCUGCAUAUGAAAGUGUCCAUGGGCAUUUGAUAACUCUUCUGUAUUCAUUUGAAUGCAACAGGCAAUGAUGUACAUAAUUUUUCACUGACCUUGAUACAUGAUUACUGAGGACAUGCAAACUCUGAAUCCAUGACACAAAAGUAAUUACUAAAAGAUCAGUAGUACUUAUUGUGCUUGCCCUUCAGGUAUUCAGGGAUUAUUACAACACUUAAGAAACAUACUUUUUUUUUUUAAGAGUGGUAGUGGACUCAUGGAACAAACUGCACUACAUUUUCACUCAUUCAUCAGUCUUCCACUCACCCGUGCCUACCAGCCGGAUGUAAUAGACUAUCACUUAACCUAGGUAACCAACCUAACAAACUAAUGAAACCAACCACCAUAACCAAACCAAACCAAAUUAGCUUGACCUAACUAACCUAACCAAGCCAAACCAGCAUAAUCUAACAUUGGUAUACAAUCAAACUAACCAAACUAAGAGUGCAGGUGAGGCCCCAUUAGUUAAUAAUUUAGUUUACCAAUGACUUCAUGCAUACACAUAAUUUAUAUUAGGUAGGUAAAAAAAUGAGUAUACAUCAUGCACAAAUAAAUACACUUACAAGCUGAGGUUAACCAACCAUUGAAUUGUCACUUACAUGCGAGAGAGGAGACCAGUAAUGUUGUUGGAUGCAAGGCCCUUAGGCCUUAAGGCCUUAGGAGGUAGGUAGGUAGAAUACUGGCUGGCUGUGCCCUUUGUGGUGUUUUUGUUGAGGUUGUAUAGUUAAGCCUUAACAACAGCAUCAACACAGCCUCUAGUGUCCCAGAAGUGCAGUAAGCAGGUAGUAUCAAGCUUGAUGAAGGUACAGGUCUGGGUCUCACUCAGUGCAGGAUAAAAAAGGUGUAGCUACUGGUCUCGUACUGGUGUUUGGUGGUCAUCUUGUAUUCAUAAACAGAAAAAUUGGUGGUUCAACAGUUGGAAAUCUUAGUGCGCAUGUAACUACUCCCAUGCUUUUAUUAUUCUUCUCAUCAUACUUCCUCAAAAUUUCAUACUACAAAAUGUUUCAACUGAGAUAACAAAAUAUAUUUCUUACCUUGCAUGUCUCCCCAGAGUAGAAUAUUCCAUCUUCUGGUUACUGAAGUUAGUACCAAAAUAUUAUAUAGGAUGUCUGAGCUUUUUAUUUCAUUAUGAAUAAUUUUCAUCAUCACCUUAAUGUAUACGAUAAAUGCACAUCGACAUACAAAGGCGCUACAUGACAAAGUUUUCAGUAACAAUGCCAGGUGUCGCAACAAACAAUACACAUGACAAAUAAUAUGAAAAAAAAAAAACAUUUAAAGCAUGUUUUUAAGGCUAUUGGUGUAUCAGCAAUGAAUAAGUAUUACAUUCCAAGUAUUUCAUAAAGAAUAAUAUCGAAGACAACCACUUAGCAACAAAGAAAAAAUGCAACAUUUACAGACACCCUGUUGCUUUGAUUUACAGUGCUUCUCUAUAUUUAAUUCCAUCAUGAUAAAAUAUUACUUAGAUAAUAUGGAGGCUUAUGGUGUCUCAGCACACACUCAACAGUGCCUAUUAAAUGUUAACAAGGACUCAGUCAAGAAAUUCAAGACAUCACAACCAAAAUGCAUGUCACAUACAACAGUCAGAUUUGUAAACCUUGGUUACAGUUACUUCUUGUUAGUAUUUGUUGGAAAAAUACUGUAAAAAGAAGUUAUUUUUUACAGUGUAGUAAAAAAGUUUCCAUAAAGACACCUAACGAGUAAGACUUUUGCGCAUGCGUGCACACACACACACAAACAUAGAUAGAUAGAUAGAUAGAUUUAUUGACCACAAAAUAAUUAUAAAUAUACAAAAGCAUAAAUUCACAUCACAUAAUAUCCACAGCAAGCAAGUAUUGUAGUCCACAAUUUUGUUGAUCAUUAGAUCACUAUACUGAAAUUUCAGCACGAGCUCCAAAAAAACAAAAACAAACAAACAUUUGACUUAAAUUUUGGUAACACAUUUCUCCUUUCUUCCACUAAAAUAACAUAACCAUUUGAAACACUGAUAGAAAUCAGGAAUUAAUCACACUUCAUCUGUACACCUUAAGCACAUCAUAAAUCACAUUACAGAUCACAUUGUUUGAACAUUUUGUAAAAAUAUCCUCCAUAGUUCAGUAGGAAUAAUGGUCUCUCAAAUGUUGGGUGAGAGCACACUGCUGUACCACGUGCCUCUCCGUCUGCACCUCACCACACGGGCACAGCAGCUCUUCCAAUGGUGAUUGCAGUGGCUCCAAGUCUUGGGAAAGCCAUGUGUGGAGCACAAGCAGUCUGUCCACAAGGAAAAUUUUGAGCUCAAGCAUACCAGCAGCACAACACAUCUGCUGAACAAUGCAGCUCCAAUUCCUGCAGAUAAACGAACUUCAGGCACAUACCACACAGUAUUUCUGUGACUACACAACUGUUAUAACUGGUAACAAAAUGCUUCUUUUUACAGUGUAUUGUGGUAAAGUGGCUUACAGCAGGAAAGGAGACACAACUGGCACAUCUGAGUCAAGCAUGUUAAAUGAUGUGAUGAGCAAUGUGAACAAGGACACCAUCCGCACCAUACAAGACAGUCCAGCAAUCUGGAAGGAAGACCAGCACAAUACCACAGCAAUUGAUGCAAAGAGCAGCAAAUUUCCUGCCUUCCAGGAUGCUGUAAUUUUCCAAUGGACAUCAGUGAUAUGCUUUGAUUAGUGUGACAGUGGAGGAUGAGGAGGAAGAGGAGGAGGCAGUUUGCUGUAGCAGUAUAUUAUCACAGUCCUAAAAGGAUUACAGUAAGCACUGCAUUUCUCAUUGAGAAACAUUUUGUUAGCAGGAGCAACAAACUCUGGCAUUCCUGUAAAGGAAGUUACUUUAAGGCAAUAUAUCUCAUGUAAUGAGUAUCAUCAAAGAUUUGUUUAAUUUUGACCAGGUUUCUGAUUCCAUUAUUGGAGGCAAGGAUACUGGUGAACAUGACAAAAGUUUGAAACUUGGAACCAUGCAUUUUUGUUUGUGACUAAAAGAACUGAGAAAUGGAAAUGUUUUUUAGGUUAUUCCUUUUAUCUGGGAAAGACUGAUAUUAUGCAGUGUGAGAAUGAUGACAUGUUCAUUAGGCUUAAGACAUUGAUACUAGAGUAACUGCACUUUUUUUCUUUCUCUGACCAAGAGGGAAUACAAUGUUCUUCUCUUAGAAUCUUGGCAUGUUUGCCAUCAAUGGUGAAUGGAUCCGUUUCUUGUAUGAUUUACCAAAGCUUUUGAAGAGACUAAGUAACAGUGUUUUGAAGGAGAAAAAUAAAGUAUAUAUAAGGUAAUAUAGUUAAAUGCUGAACAUUUAAUUUUGAAUGAUCAUCAGCUAAAAAAUAUAAGACUUGCUCCAAACUGGUAAAUUUAACAUGUGUAGGAUUUUUAAGUAAGUACCAUUCCAUGGUAGGCUUACUGCCACAAGCUGUUCUUACUGCAGUAUAGCCAUGUAUAUCAGGUGCAUAGAUCCUUUUCAUUAUUGAAAUAGUUUAGUUACUCUUCAUUUUAAUGUUUAUCGCUAAAUCUGUAAAAUUUGCAAGGAAUGCAAGAACAUCAUGGAAACUGUGCCAUACACACACUCUAACAAGUCAGCACUUCAGGUGCUGUGGCACAAUUGGUCUUUGUUCAGUUCUUAGUUAUUAAUUGGAUGAACCAUACUUCCACUUCCUUGACAAGACCACACUUCCUUGACAAGACUAAGACUCGGAUUACCCACUGACUUCAGUUCCUAACUCUAAAUUUGAAGAUAUAGUGAUGGCAUCAGACUACUUCUGGCUCAUAAUCUUUUCCAUGUAACUGAUUGUGCUUGAAGAAGAUUUUUGAGCCUCAUGAAUGUCAAAUGACAAGAAUAUUUUGCCAGAUACCAGCCAUCAGUUAGACAGCAGCAGUGAGGCAGAUUAGAUUUAUGAUUUAGGUGGCCUUUUUCAUUCCCCAAUGAGGAAAAAAGUGUAUUUUCUUUACCAGUCAUAAGUUUGUGUUGCCUUUGCAUGUGUUUCAGCAAUUAACCAAAAGCUUUAGUUUAAUCAAACUUGGACUAUUUUAUAUCCUUAAAUAGGAAAUGGGAAGAAGAAAUAAAUAUGAAAAGUUGAAUAGUAAAUUUGCAUACAAUACACAGAUAUGCCCACAAAAUUUCUUUCUAAUGGUUUUUGUUUUUCUUUUCACUGUAUUCUUGCAAACUAUUCUGCUCUUGUCCUACUGUCUCAUUGCAUGUUCCAUGUCCAAGCUCAGGAUGCUGUAUUUUGUCCUGCAUAUAAUCUUUUCUUCACUUUAUCAUGAUGCAUUAUUCAUAUAUAUGUAAGAUAUCUAUCAUUAUGUACUUUCUCACAAUAUAUGUAAUUUUAGAUAUAUCUUACAGUAGCAUUUGAUAUCAGUCCUCUUAUUUUUCUCAUGUAAUGCAGCAUUUCAUCAGGUUUGUGCUCUUUGUUACAGCAUAUGCAAGAAUUAAUUAAAUUCUGCAUGUUUACUUUGUGGUGACAUAAAUGCUUUCUUCUCUAGAAAUUUUCUUUGGUUAGCUACAUGUUAUUAUCACUAUAUCUUUAGCUGCCAUAUGCCCACUGUAUAUCCUUACUUUAAUGUUGUUGUUGUUGUUGUAUGCAGUAUUGAGUUGCCAUGUCAUUUGUUCUGAUAAGGAAGUCUUUGUGUUCUCUGUUAGGUGGUGUAGCCUUGCUAUGUUGACUCUGUUACCUCCUGAUUUACAUUCAAAACAGAGUCAAUAUGGGUAGAUAUUAAGGAAGGAUCACAGUCAGUAGUACUGGGAGUAGUGUACAGGCCACCAAACAGUACAAAGGAAAUUAACACCUCACUGUGGCAGGAAAUAAAUAGAGCAGGAAGGUACAGUCAGGUAUGUGUGACAGGAGAUUUUAAUUUUAGGAAUAUCAACUGGAGAUUGAUGGUAGAUAACAAAGAAGCUGAGGAAUUUCUUAAGGUAAUUCAGGAUAAUUUUUUAAAACAGGUAGUCGUAGAACCCACAAGGGGGAACAGUAUCAUAGAUUUAAUUCUUACUAACAGGGAGAAAGCAGUCAUGCAGAUAGAGGCUGGAAGACAGCCAGGUAACAGUGACCAUUGGGAAAAUAGGUACAAAUUAAAAUGGGAAGAAACUUUUAGAAGCAAAAACACUAGUAAAAUACCCAACUUUAGGAGAGCAGAUCUUGAGGAAUUAAAAAGGUACCUCCAAGGAGUUGACUGGCAAGGGAUGCAGGGUGAGGUCAGGUCCAGGACAGAGCUGAGAGAGAUAAGGCAGGAUGAGAGAGGUGAGGUGUGAGGGUGUAGGACAAGAGGAGGGAAGAUGUGUCCAGAAGGGGCAGAGGAGAAAGAGAGGGUGAGAUAGGUGUGAGUAUGUUGGAGGGUCAGGUCAUGUUGAAAUGGGAGAGUUGAGGUCCAGGUGAGUAGAUGAAGGAGUGGAGAGGAUGGAAGGGGCCGAAAUGAGGGGAUUAGGUGAAGUAAACAUUGUAUAAAUAUUUUGUAGACAAAUUGCAUAUAGGACAGUUAGCAAGCAUCCCGUAUAGAGCAAUAAGAUCAUAGAAAAAUUACCCUAAAUGGAUGACUACUAGCUUAAAAACAUUAUACAGGGCAGAAGAGAAGUAUAUAUAAGAGAUUAAGGGCAGGUGAAGAGGUUUUAAGGCCACAAUAUAAUGAAUUAGUUAGAACAGUCAGGAAGUUAACAAGGGCAAUUAUGAAUUAAAGGUAGCCAGCCAGGCGAAGACAGACCCCAAGGGAUUUUAUCAGGUAUACAGGAUGAAGAAUAAGGAUACUAUAGGUCCAUUAAAGGCAGCAGAUGGGAGCUGGUUAGUUCUGGGAAGGAGAUAAGUAAAAUUCUGAAUAAGUAUUUUUUAACUGUCUUCACCCAGGAAAACAUGCCAAAUUGUGAACAGAUGUUUGGAGCAGAUGAGGAUGAGAAGCUGACAUAUUUCCAUAACUAAGGAGAUAGUGGAACAGGAGAUAGAUAAGCUAAAAAGUUCAAGACACCAGGACCAGAUGAAAUAUGUCCAAGAGUACUUAAGGAAUGCAGGGGUUAUUAGUGAGCCAUUAGUAUUUGUCUUUAGGAAAUCACUUGAGUCAGGUGAGUUACCAGCAAUGUGGAGGCAGGCUAAUGUAGUACCCAUCUUUAAGAAAGGAGAUAAAACUUUAGCAUCUAAUUAUAGACCUGUCAGCUUAACUUCAGAUGUGGCUAAAAUAUUGGAGUCAAUAAUAGCAAGGAACAUAACGGAGCAUUUAGACAAACAUAACUUAACAAAUCAGUCACAGCAUGGCUUCAUGAAGGAAAAGUCUUGCCUGACGAACUUGUUAAGUUUUUACAGUAAAGUGUACGAGGCAGUAGAUAAUGGUGAUAGUUAUGACAUCUUAUAUCUGAACUUUAGUAAAGCUUUUGAUAAGGUACCCUAUCAGAGGCUACAGGGAAAGGUUAGGGCACACGGGAUAGAUGGGAAGGUGUUAGGGUAGAUAAGGUCAUGGCUAAGCGACAGGCGACAAAGAGUUAUAAUAAAUGGCUCUAAAUCCGAGUGAGGUCAUGUAAUUAGUGGGAUGCCACUGGGAUCAGUAUUAGGGCCAUUGUUGUUUUUAAUAUAUAUCAAUGAUUUGGAUAGUGGAAUUAGUAGUGAUAUUAGUAAAUUUGCAGAUGACACAAAGACAGAUAGAUUAAUUAGGUCAGAAGUGGAUGCCAUCGCCUUGCAGGCAGAUUUAGAUAGGAUGAGUGAAUGGAUGGACAGACGGCAAAUGCAAUUUAAUAUCAAUAAAUGCAAAGUACUUAGUGUAGAUAGAGGAAACCCACACAGUAGUUACAAAAUAAACAACGAAACUCUGGUAGGUUCAGGAUAUGAAAAAGAUUUAGGAGUUAUAGUUAGCUCUGAACUCCAUCUAGGAAAGCAAUACAGAGGCCAGAAACAGGGCAAAUAGGGUAUUAGGAUUAAUUUUUAGGAGUGUUAAAAGUAGAAGGCCCGAAGUAAUAUUAAAGUUAUACUUGGAGCUGGUCAGACCUCAUCUAGACUACGCUGUGCAGUUCUGGUCCCCACAUUACAGGAAAGACAUAGGUCUAUUAGAAUCAGUACAGAGGAGAAUGACUAAAAGGAUACAGGGGAUGAGGAGUAUUCCUUACAAGGCGAGACUCAAGCUGUUAAAUUUACAUUCUUUAGAGAGAAGUAAGUUAAGAGGGGACCUGAUAGAAGUCUUUAAGUGGUAUAAGGGUUAUAACAAGUGGGAUGUAAGCAAAAUUCUUAGGAUCAACAACCAGGAUAGAACAAGAAAUAAUGGGUUCAAGCUUGAAAAAUUUUGGUUUAAGAAAGAGAUAGAAAUUGGUUCUCAAAUAGAGUGGUAAAUGAGUGGAACAGACUCAGUAAUCAUGUUAGUGCUAACAAUUAGGGUGCUUUAAGAGAAGAUUAGACAGGUUUAUGGAUGGGAAUGAUAGGUGGAAAUAGAUAGGUAUAUUUCAUACGUGAAAGCCUGGUCGCUUCUUGCAGCUUCCUUUAUUUCUUAUGUUCUUAAUAUUGCAAUGCCUCUUUGUGCUGCUUUAUAUUAUAUAUGUAUGCUAUAGGAUAGUGAUGACUUUUGUGUGAUCUCUUAAUGCAACUAACCAUGUGUUCUGUCUUGUAAGGCAUUAGUGUUUUAUAAACACCUUGAUGUUGCCAAAUGUCUGUGCAGGUAUGGGGAAAAAAAAAAUGCCUCUUAUGAAUGUUGCUGUCAUUCAUAGUAAUGCCUUUGUUUUAUCUUCUGCCCUGUGUUACACACCUAGUGUGUCUUGUACUGUUUUUCAUGCUUUAUAAGCCGCACAUACUUGGUAAAAUUUCAGAAUACCUACUGUUGUACUACUAAUAUAAAUAAAACUUUAAUAUUA